AUGAAUUAAUUUAUUAUGAUUUGUUUAGCGAAUGCCAAGAUUAUGUUAUUGAGUCAUGUCUUGGACCUCUAGAAUAUAAAAACUUGUAAAAGAUUUUACCUGUAGGGAAAUUAACAAAAUUUAACUAAGCUCUUUUAUAAAAUAUCCAAAGAUAGAUUUAUUAGUAGCUGUAAAUAAGAUUAAAGAAAAAGUUUGCCAUUCUACAAGAAAAAUAUCAAAUCAAAGACUAAUUAGUAAAGAUCUAAAUGA